CUAUGGUCAUGUUAUGAAGUUAAAAGUGGGUAAUAAAAAUAAAGGAAACCAAAAUAAUUGUAAUUAAUAAGUCUAGAGUUUAUUUAACUGAGUGAAUUUGAUUAUAUAUUUAUGCUUUAUUAUUCAAUAUUUCCAAAAUGGAAGACAUUUACGGUGAUUUGGAAAAUUACAAUGAAGUUAACGCUCUUGAAGAGCUGCAAAGUGAAAACAGAGAGUUGAAGGGCAAAUUAGAUGAGUACUCGACCGCUAUGGAUAAACUUCAAAAAGAUAUUUUGCAGGAUUUCGACAAACUGUCAUCUGAGUACAAGAAGUUAGAGUGUAACUAUUCAUCUUUACUGAAGACUGCACAAGCUGAGAUAGAGAGAAAAACCAAAAUUAUUAAAGACCUUAACAUUGAAAAAGACUUGUUAGUCAUAAAUUCAUUGAAAAAUGGAAACAAACGGGUGUUAAACAUUAAAAAUCUAGCUUUCCGUUGUCAGUAUUCAGGAAAACAUGAAAAACCAAAUACUUAUCCACAAAAAAGUUCCAGACCGAAAGCUACUAAAUCUACAGAAGAAAUAAAAGAAGUAAAUUAUAAAAAAGAUCUUUCACCUAUACUUAAAACUAAAAUAAGCAGCACAGGUUCUACAGAUGGAAACGUAAGCAGAGAUGUUAGUGAAUCUAAAGAGAAUGUUACACAUGCUGUUGAGAGUGAGAAAUCUAGCCAAAAACCACUGCAUAUUCGAAACAGGCGGAAAUCUAUGCCAACUGAAAGGUUUGAGGAAGAUCUUGACGGUCAUAUGUCAGAACAGUAUAGAAGAAAAGCACCAGAAACAGUCACUGCCAACAAAAACGCCCAAGAUAUAAAUUACAAUGAUAGAUAUAAUAGAACAUCAGAACAAAUUUAUAAAAAUGAGAUGUAUUAUGAACCUUCACGAGAUACUUAUAGAAGUAGAAGUAGUAAACAUUAUGAUAAUGGAAGUUACAAGGGAAAAGAUAAAUUUGAUUCUUCAAGACGACGAAGGUUUUACAGUCCAGAAACACGGAAUAGGUACCCUCGGGAAUAUCGAGAUGAUCAUUAUAAUAGGAUAGAUCACAGAGACAGGAAAUUAGAAAAUACACCAGUCGAAUACCAAAAAGACUAUAGGAAAAGCAAUAAAAUUUAUCCUCACGAUUAUGACCGAUAUAAAUGGGACAGACAAGCAGUCAAACAUAAAAUACCAACAAAUGACUAUGAUGAGCCUUACAGCAAGAAGCAGAGAAAUGAGGCAUAUCAAAGCUAUAAACGUCAAGAAGUGGAAGAAAAACGUAGAUACGAAAAGGAAUAUAAAGAACACCAAGAUAUAGCGGAAACAUUUGAAGAGCUACAGUCACAGUACACAUCCUGUCAGUCUCCUGAUUUUGAUUAUAAUAUUGAUUAUACAGAGCCCAUAAAAGAAAUCAUGAACACAGCUGUAGUGCAGCUCGAAGAUCCAAGAAUAUCGAGUAGUAAUUAUGAGUUAAAAACGUUAGAGGGAAAGGAAUUUCUAUCUACAAAAACAGACAUAAAGAUUAAGUUUAAAGUAAUAAAGCAAUCUGAUUGGGGUGUUGAGAAAGUUAGCAUGCCGGAAGAACUAAUUCGGUGUCCUUCAGAUGAACAACUCAUUAAGGAACUAUACACGGAUUUUGACAAUCCCGUGACAAGGAUAUCUAUGGAUAAUGAACUACAUGAAGACAAUGUUGAUCGUGAAACAGAAACAAAUCAGUGCAGGGACGGCAAAACUGUCUGCUCUGAGACUAAGAAGAAGAAAACGCCAGAAAUGAAGAUAAAAAAUUUGACAAUGUCACAACCUGCUUCAAACAACUAUAAUGUAUCUAAAGUUAAGGAAGUAAAUAUGGACUCUACUCCGCAUACUAGUUCCGCGAUUCAAGAACAAGGAAAAUCUUUAGGUAUUAUUGAAAAUUUACACGCAAUUAAAGAUGGCAAUAAAAAUUAUAAGGAAAAAAUUAAGAUCCAUGAAUUUCCAAUAAGACCGAUAGAAAAAGAAGAGGAUAGGAAAAGCAAAAUAGAUUCUUUUAAUGAAUUGGAGUUUACGUGUGGCUUUAUGAAUACAAGUAAAUCAUUUAACCAGACCACUGUAAUUGGGAUUGUGGAAGGUGAUUUAGAAUUAAGUGACGAAACUUGUGAUAAUAUGGAAGACCAAAAAGUAUCAUUACAUGACAAAAAAGAUUAUCAAGAAGAGUCUAUUAUUGAAAAUAUACAAAGUUCCGAAAAGCUUGUUGCAGAAAAACCUGUCACAGAUUUGAAUGCGACUAUAGAUUUUGUUGGAGAAAAACUGGAAGAAAGAGAAGAUAAAAACGUAACUGCAAAAGAAAAGGUUGAAGUGUUAUCAAAUAUCACGAAAAAAGAAAAACCGAAAAAGAAAAAACAGAAAGAUGGUAAUGAAACAUAUAAUAAUAGUGAAGUUCACAACACCGAGAAGACCAAAUGUAAAAGCAAGGCUAAACCUAAACAAAUUAAAACAAAAUUUCAUGAUUUAUUUGGUGACAGUACCAGUUUGAUAACACCUGAAGAUUUAGGAUUAAUAACCAACAAAACUCAAGUACAGAAUUCAACUAACUACGUGCCGAUUUUUGAAGACGCCACCGACGGUAUUGAGUUACAAGAAGCAAAUAAAAUAGCAGUAGAAAAUUUAAAUGAAGUAAGUAUAGAAGGGCUCAAUAAAAUGACCACCGAGACUAUGGAAUUCAAUAAAAUUGAAAUUAUGAAUAAUGAACCUGAAAAAGCCAUUGCUAAUUUGAUAGCAAUGCCAACUACAGAAACUUGUGAUAGCAAUGAAAAUAUUAAUCUACAUCCGACAGAAAAUGAGUCGGAUGUAGUUAAGACUGUAAUCAUAUCGACAGGCGUACAGCCCAUAGUUUUAACUGAUGUACUUGAGAGUAUAGAACCAUUUCCAACGAAUAAUCAAGGGACGGUUGUAGAAAAAAAUUCAGGAACACUACUGAACGCUCUUGCUACGUCAACUCCAUACAAAUCAGCACAAACUUUGUCAGACCCCGCUCCAAUAGUAACGGAGAACAGUGUAAAUAGCAACAAUUCAGAAAGUAUGAAUACUGCAACAGUUUUGGAAACUUCAGGCAGUGAAAUGGUUUCCCAAAAGGACGUACCUGACGUUAGGAUAUUUCUUAAAAGGAAAAGAAAAAUCAUAAAAAAAUAAACAUUUUAUCACGAAAUCAUGAACUUUAAAAUUUCGAAAGUGUUCAACAAUACUCAUUGUUAUGUAUCAUUUAAGAACUUGUAAUUGUGUGACAAAAUCUAUUAUAUGUACAUAAACUAUGAACUUUUUGUUUAUGUGGGUAAAGAAGGUAUUUAUUUGUGUAUAAAUAUUGAACUAGAAACAUAUUGUUAUAAAAUUAAGUUGCAAUAAAGAAGCACGACGAA